CGCGUCGACACCCAAGAGCUGCGCCAAAAUUUCUCUAGAGUUUCAGUGCAAGCGUCUGCUUCGGUUUCGCGACAAUUCCUGCGCGUAGAGGUGCCGAAAAUGCGCUUCCAGCUGCUGCAGUGGUGGUUUUGGAGCGCUACCACCCGCGUUGCUCACGCCUUCGCGCCGUCGAUGCGGCGACGAUUGUGUAAGUUGCGUGCGGCGCGCACGGCGGCCGAGGAACAGGAACUUUUGCUCACGGAACCAGCGGUCAACGCGUUCAUCGUGGCCGAGGUCGAAGCGUUCGUGCGCGAGCGGUCGUACGCGUCCGAGGACCAAGAAGCCGUGACUUCUGAUGAUGUGGCUCAGAUUACGGCAGCCACUCGCGCCGCGUACCGGGCCGCCGAUGCGGCGGACGUGAUGGGGAGCCUAUCGACGGGGCUGGCGUUCCUCAGGCCGCGCUUCGAAGGCGCGGAUCUCUUGGGCCCGCUGGCACGUGCCCGCCUGUCGCCCUAUCAGCUUGCCCAUCACAUCACGGACAUGUACCAUCACCGAUGUUUUCGCGGGGCCCCAACCAAAACGUUGGCGGCGACGGGCGCGGGAGAGGUCGCCGCGCGCGAGGCCGUCGGUUUGCCGCCCGCGGCCGCGGCGGAAGAAGACGACGACGACUGCAUCGUCUGGACGCCCGACGGCAUCACGCCGCGCGAGUGCCUCCAGCGACGGUCCGACGCGGACGCGUGGCGCCAGCGGCGCUUCGAGCGCGUGCAGAUGGAGGGCACGCGCGACCCGCGACGGGGGAGUUCCGGGACUUCUAGGAGUUCUAGGUAG